UGCUUCUCGAGUUUCUUACAUGACAGCGAUAGGAAACCAUGAGAGGGACUAUAUAGACACUGGAUCAGUUUAUAUUUUACCAGAUUCAGGUGGAGAAUCUGGAGUCCCUUAUGAGACUUACUUUCCUAUGCCAACGUCAGCAAAGGAUAAGCCAUGGUAUUCCAUAGAACAAGCAAGUGUUCAUAUUACGGUGAUUUCAACAGAGCAUGACUGGUCCACAAAUUCUGAGCAGUAUCAAUGGAUGAGAAAGGACAUGGCUUCAGUUGAUCGAUCUAAAACUCAAUGGAUACGAAAGGGCAUAAAGGCUAACAAGUAGGGCGCUCGGAUACGAGUCCCCACCAACUCUAGGCCCAGCAAGACACUCGCCCGCAUCAUCCCAUUCAUGAAAGGACACGAGUGGACUUGCGUAAGUAUCACCUUGUUGCCACGUGGCGAUAAAAUAACAGAGGGACGACUAACAUGUUUAAUAUGUGCAUUCAGUGCAUUAAAUGCAAAUGAAGUGAUAGACUUGAGCCAAGAGACUGAAAACUGAGAGAAGGGCCUAUAUAAGGAGAAUGAGUACUCCUUAGAUAGGGUCGGACGAAUUGAGAGAGAUUGUACUAUACCAGUCGAGUGCUAC